CUGUUUGGCAUCCCAGAGAUGGUCCAAAGUGAUUCCUCAGGGAAGAAAAGAGCGCAAAUCACCCGAGCAAAGGAGCAGACGAGGAGGAGAGCCGCCGCCGCUGCCCAGGACUGCUUCGUAAUUGCGCGUAAUCUUCCACUUCAUUCAUGUGAGCUGAGGAGAAGACUUUGUAAAUAAAGACACGGAGCAAAGGAGGGCGAAGAAUCUUUCAUCUCCCUGAUUUUCUCUCUGGCUGUGGACUGUUUGUUGGGGGGAAAAAAGAAGAAGAAGAAGAAGAAGAAGAAGAAGAAGAAACCUGGCAUUUUGCUUGUGUUUUUGUCAGCUGCACCUUGAUCCGGGGGACUGUCGCCAACUCAGAGCAGCCUCUCAUCCUGCGCUUCCCCUUUCAUCGCUCUCACGUUGUUCAUCUUCAUAGCUCCCGCUGCUUCCCCCCGUCUCUCUCUCUCUUUUUUUUUUCCUUCUGGAGUCGCUGACAUGAGGUGCAGCUAACCCUGGAUGCUGACAGCUCCCCUUUUUCCUUCCACAUGUCGAAUCUUUUGUUUACUUUGAGAAACACGCGCGCAACUAAACGCCAAGUGAAAUAGACCACGCCACUUUGCUCCUCUGACAGCGCGAUCAAACAGACGCAAGAGGAGGGGAGGCAGGGAGAAAAGGAGGGAGCCAAGGAGAGGAGGAUAGAGAGAGAGGAGAGAGAGUGUGUGUGUGAGUGAGUGUGCGUGUGUGUGUGUGUGUGUGAGGGAGCGAGAGAGAGAGAGAGAUAGAGACCGUGUGAAGGUGCGUUUUGAUGUUUGGCAUCCACGAGAGCAUCCAGAGGAGUGGGAGUAGUAUGAAAGAAGAGCCCAUGGUGGCCGGGAUGAACGCGGUUCGGACAUGGAUGCAGGGCGCCGGAGUGCUGGACGCCAACACAGCCGCCCAGAGCGGAGUGGGGCUCGCCCGGGCACACUUCGAGAAGCAGCCGCCCUCCAACCUCCGCAAGUCCAACUUCUUCCACUUCGUCCUGGCUUUAUACGACAGACAAGGUCAGCCUGUGGAAAUAGAGAGAACCACCUUUGUUGACUUUGUAGAGAAAGAGAAGGAAACGACGGGGGAAAAGACCAACAAUGGGAUCCAUUAUAGACUCCAGCUCCUCUACAGUAACGGGAUCAGAACAGAGCAGGACCUGUAUGUUCGCCUCAUUGACUCCAUGACUAAACAGGCGAUCGUCUAUGAAGGGCAGGAUAAAAACCCGGAGAUGUGCCGGGUCCUGCUGACCCAUGAGAUCAUGUGCAGUCGAUGCUGUGAUAAGAAGAGCUGUGGCAACAGGAAUGAGACCCCAUCAGACCCUGUCAUCAUCGACAGGUUCUUCCUCAAGUUCUUCCUGAAGUGUAACCAGAACUGCCUGAAGAAUGCAGGGAACCCUCGAGACAUGAGGCGAUUUCAGGUGGUCGUGUCAACUACAGUGAGCGUGGAGGGUCACGUGUUGGCCGUGUCCGACAACAUGUUUGUUCACAACAACUCCAAACACGGCCGCCGAGCUCGAAGACUGGACCCUUCGGAAGGAACGCCUUCCUACCUGGAGCACGCAACCCCCAGCAUUAAAGCCAUCAGUCCCAGUGAAGGCUGGACCACAGGGGGAGCCACCGUCAUCAUCAUUGGGGACAACUUCUUCGAUGGCCUUCAAGUCAUCUUCGGCACCAUGCUGGUGUGGAGUGAGCUGAUCACCCCCCAUGCCAUUCGUGUGCAGACUCCACCCAGACACAUCCCCGGGGUGGUGGAGGUCACACUGUCCUACAAAUCCAAACAGUUCUGCAAAGGCACACCCGGACGCUUCAUCUACACAGCACUGAACGAGCCAACCAUAGACUACGGCUUCCAGAGGUUACAGAAGGUCAUCCCCAGACACCCCGGAGACCAAGAAAGAUUACCCAAGGAGGUGAUUCUAAAGCGAGCGGCAGACCUGGUAGAGGCCUUGUACGGGAUGCCUCACAACAACCAGGAAAUGAUCCUGAAACGAGCGGCGGACAUCGCGGAGGCCCUCUACACAACGGUGCCACGAGGGCACAACCAGCUCGCCAGUCUUGGCAGCAGCUCCGUCCACGCUGGCAUGAUGGCCGUAAACUCCUUCACUGGGUCAGAGGUGGCACAAACAGCCAAUCAGGGUUUCAGUAGGAGUACAAGCAGUGUGUCCCCUCAUGGUUAUGUCCCCAGCUCCACCCCCCAGCAGAGUAGCUACAGCUCUGUCUCCACUAGCAUGAAUGGCUACGCUAACUCUGGCAUGGCAACCUUGGGCACCUCCCCCAACUUCCUGAAUGGAUCUGCAGGCAACUCACCCUAUGCUAUCGUCCCGUCCAGCCCCACCAUGGCGUCGUCGACCAGCCUGCCCUCCAACUGCAGUAGCUCCUCCGGCAUCUUCUCCUUCUCUCCGGCCAACAUGGUGUCCGCCGCUGUCAAGCAGAAGAGCGCCUUCGCUCCCGUCGUUCGGCCCCAGAACUCCCCCCCUCCCACGUGCACCAGCGCUAACGCUAACAGUCUCCAAGAUCAGUCUUUUGUGGACUCUAGCAAGUACUCAUCAGCCAGCUCUCUGCAGGGCCUGGCCUUCUCCUGAACGAUUUCUGGGAUGAUCGUUCCACCCAUGUAGAGGAUCUGGAGUAGCCGGAGAUUUGGGAAUGUUGAGAGGAAAAGACACAGUAGCAGGAGUCUGGCGAGUCUCUGUUGUGCUCCGGAGCUGAACUGAAGGAAGUCAAGAUAAGAAGCGGGACUCUGUUAAACUCAGGCCUUUCCACUGGGAUUUCAUCUGAAGGGAAAAAUGGGAGAAGAAAAAAAAGGAGGAGACACUAUGAACCUUUGCAGCGUUAUUUCCCUCUUGGUUGAAUUAGUGUAGCUUCGCUGACACCACGUUGGAUGGAGUGUAUAGAGACUGAUAGCUUGCCCACAGUGUGACACUGACCUCAUGAAAAGAGCUUUUAUUUAUCUUUAUGUUUAUGCCUUUAAGGUUUGGAUUUGAUUACUGGAGGCCCCAUGCCGUCUGACUCGUACAAACAAAAGUGUUGGUUUGACCGUGAAGUUUGCGUAACUUCUGUCACAAUAGAAGAUGCUUUCCUUCGCUUAGCCGGCUCACUGAAACCGCAUAACAACAUGCUGGCCAAAGGGAACUAAAGGUCAGCAGCACACACACACACACACACACACACACACACACACACACACACACACACACACACACACACAUAGAAAGAGAGAACAAAAAUCAACCUUUCAUUUUGCUGCUAACUAUCCCAUAAAUCUAAAAAUGGUCGAUCAGAAAAAAAAAAAAAAAAAAAGUUACAUCUAAGAUCAUGCAUUGUUUCCUUUUUUUUUUCUUCUUCUUCUUCGGAUUUGGUUUGUUUGUUUGACUUUUAACAAAAACUGUGAGGAUUGAGCUGUUUGCAAUAUGCUUUUCUGCUGGUAACGUGAAGAAAAAAAAAAAUCAAAGGAGGCGGGGAUUCAACGUGAGACCGACAUUUUGACGUUUCACCUGAGGUUUCAGUGAAGACUUGAAAAGCCCGAGGAUGUGUGCGUCCAGCCAGCACUGUACUGAAGGAGACUAGCAAUUAUCAAAUUAGAACUAAAGCGUGAUAUAUGUGAUAUAUUUUUGUACAUAACAAAAAAAAAAAGUUGAAUUUUUCAUUUUACUUUUCUUUUUGCGAUAGCUAUAGUUUCAAAUGUAAACAAAUGUCUUAAGGCAGCUUCUCAGUACAGAAGAUAGAUUUACUGUGUGUGUGUGUCAAUAUCUCAUCUGCUAAACAUGAGAAACAUGGGUUUGGAUACAAAAAGGGGAUUUCUGUAAAAUAUCCUAUAAAUACUGUAUUUAUCCCUUGUAUUUGUACAUUGACUCUCACCCUUGUUUAGUUGUGUUGUGUAAGUUUAAUACAGUAAGUGAGCAUAUUUCACAGUGUUUUGUUGCGUUAUUUACUGUCGUCUAUCACUAUUUAAAUGUGACUUUUUUUAAUCUUUUUUGUCCGUUUUGUAUGUUGAUUGUUUGCGCGUUGGUAUACCAUGCUUUAAUUUUUCGAUUCAAAACAUGCCAUUGUCUAUUUUUGUAUUAUUUGUAAGUUAAUAAAAAAAAAAUUCUUGUUUUUUUUUUUCUUUAUGAAAAUGUUUAUUGUAUGGCAAAAAGUAGCAUCUUAUUCAGAGUAUUUGGUUGAAGUAGAUUUUUUAAGAAUAUAAACACACAUUAAUAUAUACUGUAAAUCUAUAUCUUUUUGUUUGAACUCUUCGAGGCUUUUCAGAUUGAUACUGUUCUUGAACUGAUAAUAUGCAUGGGUUCCUUCUCUUGAGUGACUCUUUUUUUUUGUGUGUGUGGAAACCAAGAGAACUAAGAAAAUGCUCUGUUUUUCUUUCUUUGUGUUCCUCUUUUUUUCCCCUCUGUUCUUUCUUUUCCUAUGUUAUUUAUGCCUGCUUACAUACUGUAUCUAUAUACUCUUUUUUUUUUUUCUGCCACUGUAAUCUUUACCAGCAGUCUAGAUGCCUUAACAAUGCAAACCCAUUCUUCAUUCAAUCACGUGUACAGUUUUCUACCCUCACCACAAUUGUCUGUUGCCACAGAGGAAUUCAUGAGAACUUGGGGACAAAGCACAAACCCACUCUGUUUGGUGGUGAAGCCAGACUAGAAUACAAAGAGCCAUAAUUCAACAAUCACACACACCCCGAUGUACUAUAAUGCUACAGCAACGGCAUGCUUUGAAGGACAGUCGGAGCGGCCCGUCUCAGCCGUGCGUACAGCACAUCAGUGUUCAGAGAAACACUUCUUUUUCUGUAGCGAUUAUGUAGCUUUCUUUUCCUCCAACUGUGGAAUAAUUUCAACAGCAUGACGGUUUAUUUCUCAUUAACCGCGAGAACACAACAGUGUGACAACUCGGAGCUGUUUUCACUGUAGUACAAAGGGGGCGCACAGCAAAGACGAGCACUGUCACAGCACAAGUCUAAACUCACGCACGGAGUCGCGAGUCUGACUCCAGUAUCCGACAGCCGAUCCCCCUCAGUCCGCCGCUCCCUGCUCUAGCCUCUGGACAAUACGGCUUCAUUACAAGCUAAACGGGACAGGAACAUGUGAGGGAGCCUGAAAAGGGAGCUCCUUGGCCCAUCAGCCAUUUCUGUAGUCUUUUCUUUGUGUCUGCCGUGUGUCUUCAAGCUGUUGCUGGACAGAGAAUAGGGCUUUUCUCUCUGCUUUUUUCUUUUCUAGAGCCUGGUUUUGUUAAGUGGGUAAAAAGGAGCGUUUUAACAGAGGCGCCCGCUGACAGACGAGUGUUUUUCAGGCACUUGUGUGCCUAUGCUGGUCUGGGCCAGGGCGGGAGGGGCCGCAACAUAUCUGUUUCAAAUGAACUACAGAGGUCUGUUGUCAUACAAUGGCAUCUUUGUAAGCAAAGUUCCAUCCUGAAUAUGAAUCAGUAAUGGGUGACAAAGUUUUGUAUUUAGGUAACACAAAAAAAAAAAGAAGA